AGGGUCACUUUAAGUCCUUAUAAAUAAGGGAUACAUUCCCUUAAGCUUACAUAACAUACAUAAUUAAGCCAUACAAGUUUACAACAAUAUGAGCUUCUUAAGAGGGUUUUCUUUGAUAUUCUUCCUAGGAGUUCUAGUGACUUCUUCCUUCUUUAGUAAUGUUAAAGCUCAUGAAUAUCCACACUCAAUACAUCUCCUCAUGCCUCGUUCUGGCUCAGCCGGCCACAAAAUCGAGGGCCUAAAUUGCUUGAGUUGGCGGCUGGCUGUGGAGACAAACAAUCUCCGGGACUGGAAGACGGUCCCGGAAGAAUGUGAAGGGUACGUGGGACAUUACAUGAUGGGUGCUCAAUAUCGGAAAGAUUGUUUGGCUGUUACUUCUGCUGCUUAUGACUAUGUUAAGACACUCUCACUCAAGAAAGAUGGCAACUACGUUUGGAUAUUCGAUAUUGAUGAGACUUCCCUCUCUAAUUUGCCCUACUAUGCCGAUGUUGGUUUUGGGGUACAACCGUACAAUGCAACAUCAUUUGAUGAAUGGCAAAAGGAAGCUAGAGCACCAGCAAUACCCGCAGUGCUAAGCUUCUAUAAGAAAUUGGUUCGUCUUGGCAUCAAAAUUGUUUUCCUUUCGGGAGCUCAUGAGGAGUUCAGGGAGCCUAAAGAGCGCAACAUGAAGAAUAUUGGCUACUACAAAUGGGAAAAGAUGAUACUAAAGCAACCAAGUGAAUCACAUUUGAAAUCGGUGGAGUACAAAUCAACGCACAGGACAAAGCUAGAAGAGAUGGGGUUUACGAUCGUUGGAAACAUCGGAGACCAAUGGAGUGAUUUAAUAGGGGCCAACCCCGGCAAGAGGACCUUCAAGUUACCUGACCCUAUGUACUACAUCGGCUGAUUAUUAACUAAAGAGUAUUAUUAUGAACAAUAAAAUAGAAAGAUUAUUUGUGAUAUGUUGACUUGUGGCUUUUAUAUACUCUUAUCAUACAAUUUUAUAUUUAGCUUAGGUAUUUUACAUUUUUCUUAUGGGUCUAAUUGUUUCUAAUAAGAAAUUAUGAUUUUACUCCCUGGUUUAUUUCAA